AUGGAUAUUAAAAUUUCCAUUAUUGGAGCUUUAGCACUUGGCUCAAUAUUCAUUAUUGUUGGCGUUCUCUCUCUAACUAUCGUUCCAUUAACGGUAAACAAGGAAGUUAUCAAGAAUGAACAUUUGGGUUACGAUGAAAAUGGUACUUAUAAUGUAAUGACUCAGCGUUGGAUUGAGCAAAAAUAUUCAAUGAAAUUGAAAAUAUGGACAGUUUCUGUGGCAAAUCCAAAUGAUAUUUCAAAAGGAAGCUAUCCUGUGCUUAUUGAAAAAGGACCAUAUGCUUACACGGAAUAUCGGAAGAGAGUAAAGGUAAAUUUCAUGCAUAAUAAUACACGUGUACUGUUUCGUAAUCAACGUUAUUACAUUUACAAUAAAAAUGAAUCAUGCGCAAAUUGUUAUUUAAAUGAUACGGUUAUGAUACCAAAUAUUAUGUUCCAGUAUAUAGCUAAUAUUGCUGCUAAAAGUGGUCCAAUGGUAAGACAAGUGAUUAAACUUGCUCUUCAACAAUUCAAAUAUGAAACACCAUUCAUUAAUGUAACUGUGAAUCAGAUGCUAUUUGAAGGAUAUGAAGAUCCGUUAAUAAGAAUGAUUUGUGAUAACAGCUUAAUUCAUAAUCUAUGUAUUGCUGCCGGGAUUCCAAUGCGUGUAAAAUUCCUGGAAAAUGGUACAGAUAAUGGUGAAUAUUUGAUUGAUACUGGAUUAGAAGAUAAUAGUAAAAUUGGUCAAGUAUAUAAAUGGAAUGGACAAAAUGAAACACCAUGGUGGAGCACUGCACAAGCACGUAAAAUUAAUGGAACAGAUGGAGAACUAUUUUCACCAUUUUUAUCGGAAUCUAAUAAUUUACCCAUUUUUAUUGGUGAUUUAGGCAGAUCAGUUUACCUGGAUUAUGAUGGAAUGGUGACACAUGGACGAAUACCAUCAUAUCGUUUUGUGAUUCCGUCAACAGUUUAUAAUCCAUUUUUGCCCGAAAAUAAAGGAUUUUGUAGUCGUGAAACACCUCGCUAUUUCAGUAAUGAUAUACAACCUGAAGGAUGCUUACCUGCUGGUAUGUUUGAUAUUGGUCGUACAAAAAUUGGUUCUCCACAUAUCUAUCUAUCUGGUGUUCAUUUUUAUCAGUCACCUCCACAGAUUUAUCAAAAUUUCACCGGUUUCCGGCAUCCGGAUAACAGCGACGCAACAUAUAUUGACAUUGAACCGUAUACUGGUGUUGUUGUGAGUGCAUUUGGAGCUUCUCAAAUUAAUAUUGGAAUGAUCAGUGGCAAUUCAUACUUGCUUAGUGAAAUGCCAAGUAUGAUUGUACCUGUACUAUGGAUGAACGAAUUGAUAAAUUUAGAUGACGAGACAAGAAAAGAUUUAGAAAAAGUUGUGCUUGUGCCACGAGGAGCACGCAUUCUUGGUAUUUUACUGAUAGGCUUAGGCUUACUUCUUUGGACAAUUUUCUUGAUAAUCUCAUUGAGAAAUAUGUACUUAAGAAGGAAAGAUGAUGACGAAGCACAUCUAAUUGACGAUAAUGUGGAAAACUGA